AUCAACCAUUACCCAUAAGUUUAAAUACCACCGUGUUUAUGUUUCAGUUACAGUUAAACUUUCUAUACUCUAUCAGACAGUUGACAGUUGACACUUACCACUUACCAUCUUAUCUCUUCUUGUCUGACAGAAAAGAGGCAUGAGCAAGAACUUCCUAAGAUAACACUGCAGAUAUGGCACUGCCAUUUUGUAAAAUCUAUCAGCAGUUUGGUCUUUACAUACUACAUGAAUCUUUCAUCAAGAGCAGUCAUGCAACAAGAUCUUACCCAGGAGUUCUUUUUCUAGAUGCUUCUAAAAGAUCGCUACACUUCUGUUGUAGCAUAGAAAAGAUUUCUUCUAGGACUUUCGAAAUCAAGAAACGAAGCCAAUGUGGACAGGUUUUGUGUAAAAGUAAAACUCACUACAAUGAUGGUACUUUUGAAGAGGGAAAAGAGGAAGAUAUUUCUAAAGUUACGUUGAUAUGGAGGGCAAUCAAAUUGCCAAUUUACUCUGUUGCUUUGGUUCCUCUUACAGUAGGGGGUGCAGCUGCUUAUUUGCAGACGGGCAUGUUUUCAACUAAGCGCUAUUUUGUGCUAUUGGCUUCUUCAAUCCUUAUCAUAACUUGGCUCAAUUUAAGCAACGAUGUUUAUGAUUUCGAUACAGGAGCAGAUAAGAACAAGAAAGAAUCAGUUGUAAACUUGGUUGGCAGCCGUUCAGGAACAUCUAUUGCUGCUUACUUAUCGCUGGGCCUUGGCUUCGUGGGGCUGACAUGGACAUCUCUUGGGGCAAGCAGCAUGCAAGCAAUAUUAUUACUGGCUUGUGCAAUUACUUGUGGCUAUAUAUACCAGUGUCCGCCAUUUCGGUUAAGUUACCAUGGAUUGGGUGAACCCUUGUGCUUUUCAGCAUUUGGGCCAUUUGCUACUACUGCUUUCUACUUACUGUUGGGAAGGACAAGUGAGAUGACCAAUCUUCCAUUAACUGGCACAGUUCUAUCUGUAUCAGUCCUUGUAGGAUUCACAACAUCUUUAAUCCUCUUUUGUAGUCAUUUUCAUCAAAUAGAAGGAGAUAGAGCUGUCAGAAAAUUAUCCCCCAUGGUUAGGCUUGGCACAGAAAGAGGUUCUUACGUAGUGAAAGCAGCAACCAUAACACUCUACUCUCUUUUGCUUGCUUUUGGUUUGAGCAGGGCUCUUCCUUUUCCUUGCAUUCUUCUUUGCGCCCUUACAGUACCUACAGGGAAACUAGUAGUUAGCUUUGUUGAAGAAAACCACAAGGACAAAGGGAAGAUUUUUAUGGCAAAGUAUUAUUGUGUGAGAUUACAUGCUUUAUUUGGGACAGCAUUGGCUGCAGGACUAGUAGCAGCUAGAAUGCUUACCAGAAAACAUGUUCCUAGUCUGAUGUUUUCUUGAAUAUUGUCCUGCCAGAACACUCUUCAAGAUAGAUUACGGACUGGAAGAUUUUUGUUAAAUAUCUGCUGAAGGGUAUAGAUAGCAUGUGGUCUCAUAAACUUACAGUUAGUUAUAUCCAGCUAGUAACAGAAAUAUCAGAAGCUCUUGUGCCAAUUGAUUUUUCUACUGUCAUAGAAUAAACAUUUCAGAAACAUCUGCAUAUCCAAGCUUUUCUAAAAUCUCAUUUUUCUAAAGUUAAUGUAUUUCUUUCA